CAAAGUCCACCCCCCACCCGUACCAUCACUUAUAUACUCCCCCACCCCCACCCCCACCCCCAACCCCCCAAACACUACUCACACACAACACACACAGUCGCAGUGACCUCCAUUAACGUCUCGCUCGCUCUCGUGGUACCGGGCCAGCUUUCAUGCACCUCUACUAAAUUCACUUGAUACGUGACACUGCAACAACUUAUUAGGUGAUGUAUUUUGUCUUCUUCUUACAGAGAUAGAAUAGUCAAAGACUGUCGAAAUGUAUAUAAAACAGGUCAUUAUCGAAGGGUAUAAGAGUUACAAGGAACAAGUAAAGACUGAAGAUUUCAGUCCAAAAGUUAACUGUGUUGUUGGUGCAAAUGGAUCUGGCAAGUCUAAUUUUUUCCAUGCCAUCCGUUUCGUCAUAAGCGAUCUCUUUCACAACCUGCGCAGUGAAGAAAGGCAGGCUUUGCUUCAUGAAGGAGCAGGUCACCAAGUAUUAUCUGCUUUUGUGGAAAUUGUAUUUGAUAAUUCAGACAAUCGAAUGCCGGUUGAUAAGGAGGAAGUGCGGCUGAGAAGAACAAUCGGUCUCAAGAAGGAUGAGUAUUUCUUGGAUGGGAAACAUAUCACGAAGACAGAGGUCCAAAAUUUGCUGGAAAGUGCUGGGUUCUCUCGUUCCAAUCCCUAUUAUGUUGUGCAGCAGGGAAAGAUAGCAUCAUUGACGUUAAUGAAAGAUUCAGAACGACUUGAUCUGCUCAAGGAAAUUGGAGGGACACGUGUUUAUGAGGAGAGGCGGCGAGAAAGUUUAAAAAUCAUGCAGGAAACUGGUAACAAGAGAAAGCAAAUUAUUCAAGUUGUACAAUACUUGGACGAGAGAUUGAAUGAGCUUGAACAAGAGAAGGAGGAACUCAAAAAGUAUCAACAGCUUGACAAGCAGCGUAAAUCACUGGAAUAUACGAUUUAUGACAAAGAACUUCAUGAUGCACGCCAGAAAUUGAAUGAGGUAGAAGAGGCUCGGAACAAAGUUUCCGAGAACUCUACUAAGAUGUAUGAGAGUGUGCUGGAGGCUCAUGAAAAGUCCAAGGAGCUGGAGAAGCUGUCCAAAGAUCUGACAAAAGAAAUUCAAAUUUUCAGCAAGGAGAAAGAAGCAGCAGAGAAACAGCGGACAGAGGCUAUUAGAAAGCGAGCGAAGCUUGAUCUCGAUUACAAAGACCUUCAAGAGAAGAUGUCUACGAAUAUUAAAGCUAAAGAUGAUGCACAGAAACAACUCAUGCUUCUGGAGAGAGAAGUUCAGGAAACAAAGAACGCACUCAAUGAUAUCAAACCUUUGUAUGAGAAACAAGUAAAAGAGGAGGAGGACAUCAAGAGAGGGAUUAUGGAUCGUGAAAAGAGACUUAGCAUACUUUAUCAGAAACAAGGCCGUGCCACACAAUUUGCGAGCAAAGCUGCUCGAGAUAAAUGGCUUCAGAAAGAAAUUGAUGAAUAUGAGCGAGUUUUAUCUUCAAACUUAAUGCAGGUAAUAUUCCUUGUUAAAAUUCUUAGCUGCUUUCUUAUUCUUCAAGCUUUUGAUUUAUGAAUGGUUAAGGACUCU